UAUGGCACACGACAAACUGGAAAAUCCGAAUCGUAACUUGCACACGAGAUUGUGGCGCCAACCAACUUCCAUCGUACACCGUUUCCGCGUAAUUUGCUGAACUUCCACGUUCUAAACCUGGAAGAGCCAUACUCAUCGUGGAAAACGAUGAACUAGCACACCAAGUGUUGUCACUCCGCAACACUGAGCUACUUUUGUCUCUGUGUUCUUUGCUGCGCCAUUUGGAAGAAAGAGCAGCGACUUCUCGCCUUUUACGUGUUACUGUUUCUUCGAUUUCAAAGAAAUUAGGACUAUGCCGUGCGGAUUUUGGGUUUCUAGGUCGUGAUCUUUGGUCGGGCGUUUGAUCCUGAUUGACGACGAUGUUGGCAAAUCAUUUCCAGAACGGUAUUGAAACGGCGAAGCAUGUUUGGUCGCGAAUUCCGAACUCGGAGGAAUCCCAAGACCAGGACGACACUCUUGGCUUGUUGAAGAAGAGUGACGGAAGCGGCGUUGAGAGCCUUGAUUAUGAAGUCAUAGAGAAUUAUGCUUAUCGAGAAGAACAGGCGCUAAGAGGGAAGCUGUAUAUGGGCUAUUUGUUGGUGGUGAAAUGGUUCUUUGCUUUGCUCAUAGGCGUUGGUACUGGAAUUGCUGCUGUUUUCAUCAAUAUUUCUGUUGAAAACUUCGCUGGCUGGAAGUUUUCAUUGACAUUUCAUAUAAUUCAGAAAUCGUAUGUGGUGGGCUUUUUGGUAUAUGUCCUGAUCAACUUGGUUUUGGUCUAUUCCUCUGUAUAUAUUAUCACACAAUUUGCUCCAGCAGCAGCUGGAUCUGGUAUUCCUGAAAUUAAGGGUUACUUGAAUGGAGUUGAUAUUCAUGGAAUCCUCCUUCUCAGAACCUUGAUUGGAAAGAUAUUUGGAAGCAUUGGUUCAGUGGGAGGUGGCCUUGCUUUGGGUAAAGAAGGUCCUCUUGUGCAUACUGGUGCUUGUAUUGCUUCUUUGCUUGGACAAGGCGGAUCUGCCAAGUAUCAUCUAAAUUCAAGGUGGUUUCAAGUAUUCAAAAGUGAUCGGGAUCAGCGAGAUCUUGUAACUUGUGGGUGUGCAGCUGGAGUAGCCGCUGCAUUUAGAGCUCCAGUUGGUGGUGUUUUGUUUGCAUUGGAAGAGGUAACAUCUUGGUGGAGAAGUCAACUGAUGUGGCGUGUCUUCUUCACUUCUGCUGUUGUGGCUGUUGUGGUGCGUACUGCAAUGGGGUGGUGUAAGAGUGGAAAGUGUGGACAUUUUGGCUCGGGUGGAUUCAUCAUAUGGGAUAUAUCAGGUGGUCAAGAGGAUUAUUCCUUUUCUGAGUUACUACCCAUGGCUGUUAUUGGGGUUAUCGGAGGACUGCUAGGAGCCUUAUUUAACCAGCUUACCCUUUAUGUGGCUUCUUGGCGUCAAAAUCAUCUGCACAAGAAAGGGGGUCGAAUCAAGAUCAUUGAAGCAUGCCUCGUCUCUGUGUUAACUUCAGUUAUUUCAUUUGGUUUGCCGCUACUAAGAAAAUGUAGUCCGUGCCCUGAAUCUGAUUCUAUUAUUGAAUGUCCUCGACCACCUGGAAUGUACGGGAAUUAUGUAAAUUUCUUCUGUAGGAAAGACAAGGAAUACAAUGAUCUUGCCACAAUUUUCUUCAAUACACAGGAUGACGCCAUAAGGAACUUGUUUAGUGCAAAAACAAUACAUGAGUACAGUCCCCAAAGUUUAUUGACCUUUUUGGUAAUGUUCUAUGCUUUAGCGGUUGUAACAUUUGGUACUGCAGUUCCAGCUGGUCAAUUUGUUCCUGGAAUUAUGAUAGGAUCAACAUAUGGACGUCUCGUUGGCAUGCUUGUUGUAAAAUAUUACAGAAAGCUCAACAUUGAAGAGGGAACGUAUGCUUUAUUGGGAGCUGCAUCUUUUCUUGGAGGUUCCAUGCGAAUGACAGUGUCUCUCUGUGUCAUUAUGGUUGAAAUAACAAAUAACUUACAACUUUUACCGCUUAUUAUGCUUGUUCUCCUCAUAUCCAAGGCUGUUGGUGAUGCUUUUAAUGAGGGCUUUUAUGAAGAGCAGGCACGACUUAAGGGAAUCCCAUUGCUGGAAUCAAGGCCUAAAUAUGAGAUGCGGAAUAUGACAGCAAAGGAGGCCUGUGGGAGCAGAAGGGUGGUCUCUUUCCCUCGUGUUGUCAAAGUUGCAGAUGCAGUUUCCAUUCUUCGGAGCAAUGAACACAAUGGCUUUCCUGUCAUUGAUCACACAAGAAGUGGAGAAUCACUUGUUAUUGGAUUAGUGCUUCGGAGUCAUCUAUUGGUAAUUCUGCAUUCGAAGGUUGAUUUCCAGCAUAUUCCUAUACCUGGUGAUACCAGAGGCACGGCCAACCUGAUAAGGCAUCAUUCUGAUGAAUUCACAAAGCCUAUUUCUAGUAAAGGAAUCUGUCUAAAUGAUAUUCAUCUAAGUUCAGAUGACUUAGAAAAGUACAUAGAUCUGGCCCCAUUUUUGAACCCCUCACCUUAUAUUGUACCUGAAGAUAUGUCUUUGUCUAAGGUCUACAAUCUUUUCCGCCAACUAGGUUUGAGGCAUUUAUUUGUUGUUCCACGCCCAUCUUGUGUGCUUGGUUUGAUAACUAGAAAAGAUCUGUUGAUUGAGGACACAGAAAAUGUGAAUACAAUACAGCUCCGGCCAACUAGUGUAAUGUCUUUAUGAUGGUUCACUCAGUUACAUCUGUUUGAUUCAAGAUUCUGCAACAAGAUGACAAGGGUUGCAGAUACUGAGCUUCAUUUGCUUAAUGGUUUUCCGGCUUAUGCCCGCAAAUAUAUGAGGAAUUCAACUCAAAAAGUUCCCUUUAAAAGUAGUCCUCUGAGCUUACAUUUUUCCUGGAAGCUCAUUUUCUUAUAGUUUUUGUUGGUCAUGUUAGAAUGGUUAUACUAUCCCCAAUUAUUAGUCAUUUUCUGGGGGUUUGCAGAAAGCAUGCCCUGAAAAAUUUUGUAUAUUAUCAACUAGAGAAAGAGGGAAGAAGAUUCAUCAUAGCUGGCUGGAGUUGGUAGAAUGAGAAGGAAUGGAUUCUUGCCAUUUCUUUCAUGAUGUGUUGGUUUAAGUCUUCUUAUGCAGAAUGCCUGGACAGUAUAAUGUGGUUUGGGGUAUUAAGGAAGCUGUCAGAUGAGAAUUUAGAAGAAAUGUCAGUCAGAGGGGCUUGAUAAUUUACCUCCCCAAAUUUAGGGAAAGUAAAUUCUAAAAACAUUGUAAUACAUCUGUAAUUUGUUUUCUUGUCAAUGAAGUGAUAUGAACUUUGCACCA